AUGAAGAGUGAAAGUGGUUUCCCUGCAGAUGCGACAGCUGCAGCUGUCAUCGAAGAAAGUGAUGCGUCGAAUGUUCGCCACGAUCCUUCGGGACGACCACUGAGCCCGACUCCGACAAACGACAAAUACGAUCCACUCAAUUGGACGACGUUCCAGAAGUACAAAUGCAUCUUCGUGGUGGUUUUCAGCUAUUUUAUGCUCACCUACUUUACCACUGCUCCCAUCCCAUCCUUUGGGUUUCUGGAGACGCAGUUGAACAUCGACUAUUCACAGGUCAACUGGACUUUUUCAAUUCCGUGUCUUGGUCUUGCUACUGGUCCAUUGAUCGUCGGUGCUCUGGCUGAUACCUAUGGAAGACGUCCCAUAUUGAUUGCGAGUACGGCGCUUGCAGUUGUCGCAAGUGGUUGCACUGCUAUCAAAUCAAUCAACUAUGGGGGCUAUAUGGCGGCUAGGUUCUUUCAAGGCCUUGGUGCUGGCCCUGCUGCAAACAUUGGUCUCGUCAUCAUCAAUGACGUCUCGUGGGAACAUCAAAGGGGAUUCCGAGUCGGCCUGUGGACGGUAGCGGCGAAUUUGGGUACAUGCUUGGGUGGUGUCUUCGGUGGCCUUCUUGCAACCUCGGGAGAGUGGGUCGCAUAUCAUGUUACGAUACUCUUUUGCGCGCUUUUACUCUGCCAGUGCUUCCUACUGCCAGAGACACUAUACCCACGCACUGCUGUGGUGCUCUCAGAGCGCCAAAUGUUGGCUUCAAGCAGCACCAUCGUCAAUGGCUCCGAAUUGAACAUUCCUCGAACCACGCAAUUGGGUUAUCUGCAUCUCAGGAAAGUUCCUGGCGUCCCGCAUCCAAAACCAUGGUUGACGAUCAUCCAAUUCUUCGUCCUAUUCAAGUAUCCCACCAUAGUGAUCAGUGUCAUGGGUUACUGCUUCCUGCAGUACUGGUGGAUUACCAGCAUCACUACUCUGGUUCCAGCUGCGUACGUUUACGACUCACCGGCGAUUCAAGGUGCUCUUCUUAUUGGGUUGCUUGUCGGUCUGCUUGCGGCCGAGGUUGUUUGCUCGGGUCGUUUGAGCGAUAGCAUUGUCGUGAAGCUUACUCGCAGGAAUGGUGGCGUGAGAGUUCCUGAAAUGCGAUUGUGGCUCGGUAUGCCUGCAGCGGCGAUCUCAUCUGUCGGCCUGGUUAUCUGGGGUCUCUCGGUCGAAAGGUCCUGGCAUUGGAUGACCGGACAGGUUGCGUUCUUUUUGUAUGCCUUGGGACUGCAAUCGGGAAACACGGUCCUCUCCGCGUACAUCGUCGACAACUACCCUGACUAUGCGAACGAGGUCAUCACAUUCUAUUCUGUCAUAAUCAAUCUCUCAGCAUUCAUCAACCCAUGGUUCAUCUACGACUGGGUCGAAGCAUCAGGCUACAUCUGGACCUUCGCCGCCCAAUGCAUCAUCUGCUCCUUCGGUCUGAUCCCAUGCUAUAUCUUCCUGCAGAAAUUCGGCGCUCAACUGCGCGCAUCAAGACCGAUGUACAUGAAACGCGUCGACGGUCUGGCAAUCGACGACCAACAAGCCGCGGUGCCGGUGCACGAUGCGAGAAACAAGAGCGGUGAAAGUUCGUUUGCGGAGAAGGAGAAGGAGUGA